AUGUAUACUGACCAUGCUGCCUUAGACACGGCUUCCGCUAUCGCAACUGUGCCGGCUUCGGUCGGCAAUGUGGGCGACAAACACCGGCAGUCAUAUGACGAAACAGCUGCCAAGGCCAUCGCGGCGGCCGAUUUGCAAUCGUUUCAGCCGAGUGGUGAGGAUGAACAUGCCAACUUCCAUGGGCUCGUGUUGCCCACCGAGGAAGAGCGUAACACGCUUCGUCGCGUGGCGGGCAAGAUGCCUGCUUCCUGCUACUACCUCUGCGCCGUCGAGUUCGCCGAGCGAGCGUCCUACUAUGGUUGCAACCAGGUUUACAAGAACUUCAUCCGCGCGCCGCUGCCCCCUGACGGCAACGGGUCGGGCGCCACCAAGCCUGGCUCGGAGUACACGGCUGGUGCGCUCGGCCGUGGAGCCGUCACGGCGACGGCCAUGACCGAGGCUUUCAAGUUUCUGGCGUAUGCAUUGCCCGUGUACUUUGGCUGGCUCGCCGAUACCAAGUACGGACGGUUCAAGAUGAUCUGCUGGGGCGUGGCCGUCUGCGGUGUGGCUCACAUCAUCAUGAUCAUCUCUGCUAUCCCCUCGGUUCUCAUGUCGGGCAACGCCAUCGGCCCCUUUGCGCUGUCGCUGUACAUGCUGUCCAUUGGCGCCGCCCAGUUCAAGCCCAACAUUUCGCCCACCAUUAUGGACCAGUCGCCCCACAAGGUCGCCCACGUUGUGACCGAGGCGAACGGCGAGAAGGUCAUCGUCGACCCCGAGGAAUCCAUCAACUCCGUCAUGUUGUGGUUCUACCUCCUCAUCAAUAUUGGCGCCUGCACUGGCAUUGCCACCUCCUACCUCGCCAAGCUGGUUGGCUACUGGGCUGCCUACCUGAUCCCGACGAUAUUGUAUUUGUUACUGCCCCCUCUACUGUGGUUCCUCAACCCGCGCCUGGUGAAGCAGCCGCCCGGUGGCUCCGAUCUCGGCAAUGUCUUCAAGGUACUGGGCGACAUCUUUGCGCACGGCGGGCUAAAGAAAAUCGGACGUGAGGGGUUUUGGGAGCUUGGUCUGCCCAGUGUUCGCAAGGCCGCCGGUAGCACCAAGACCUAUAAUUACGAUGAUCAGUUCGUCGAUGACGUACGCCGUACAUUCCAGGCCUGUGGUAUCUUCAUGUUCCAGCCCAUUUUCAACAUUAAUGACGGUGGCUUGGGCGCAGCAGCCAAUGCGUUGACGGCGGGUAUGAAGAACGAGGGGCUGCCCAACGAUUUGCUCGACAACUUGAACUCUGUCUCUAUCGUCGUCAUGGUCCCUUUCAUGAACCACAUCAUGUACCCUUUCCUGCGCAAGAUGGGCAUCAAAUGGGGCCCCAUCUCUCGCAUGACCUUCGGUUUCGCACUGUGUACCAUCGGUUCCAUUGGCUACUCGGUGCUGCAGUACAAGGUCUACCAGACGUCACCCUGCGGCUACAACGCCACGACGUGCGCCGAAAUCGUGCCCGAGGGCUCGCCGUCCCUGUCUACCGUCAGCAUUAGUCUCUACUCCAUCCCCGUCAUCCUCACCGCCAUCGCCGAAAUCUUCGUCAACGUCACUGCCUACGGCAUUGCCUACUCACGUUCACCCAAGAACAUGAAGGGUCUCGUCGCUUCCAUCAACCUCUUCACCACUGCCAUUUCUGCCGCCAUCGGUCUCGCCUGCAGUAACGCUAUCCAGGACCCCUACCUAGUGUGGGUCUUUGGUGGUUGCACCAUUGCGGGCGCGGUGCUCUGCGUCAUCUUCUAUUUCACCUUCAGACACAUCGAUCAGGAAGAGUUCGUCAUCAACACCGACUUCUCUGACAUGAAGCGGGAUUCGGAUGCUGAGAGCGACCUGGGCCACAGCGACAAGAAAGUUCUGGCCGAUGAGAAGAAAAUUCCAUCGAAGAAUUCUAUCGAGAAGUCAUAUUCGGUCAUGCGUAGAGGUGGAUGA